AUGGGAAUGAAGAAAGGGCCAUGGAGUGCUGAAGAAGAUCGAAUCUUGAUCAAUCAUAUUCGUCUCCAUGGCCAUCCCAAUUGGAGAUCUCUCCCCAACCUAGCCGGGCUACUUCGGUGCGGCAAAAGUUGCAGGCUUCGUUGGAUUAAUUAUUUAAGACCAGACAUCAAACGUGGCAAUUUCACUCCUCAAGAAGAAGAAACUAUCAUCAACUUACAUCAAAUCUUAGGCAACAGAUGGUCUGCGAUAGCUGCAAAAUUGCCUGGAAGAACAGACAACGAAAUAAAAAACGUUUGGCACACUCAUUUGAAGAAAAGAAUCCAUCAAAAUCAUCAAGAUCAAAAUGACAGUGAAACAAUUGGCGAUGACGGCGAAAAUUUAGCUUCUAUUACGGCUGCAAAGAGACCAACUUCUCCGCAACAACAAUCUUGCAGUAGCACCAACAUUUCAGUGGUUACAACAUCGGGAAACAAUAACGACAUCUCUAAUAACAACAAAGACUCUGCGUCAUCAUCCGAAGACGUUCUUGCAGUGAUAGAUGAGAGUUUUUGGUCAGAAGUCGAAUUGAUGGAUUGCAACAUUUCAGGAGAUGAGACUAAAGAGACAAAGAUAGAGAACUGGGAGGACUCGUUAGAUAUAAAUGAUAAAGGAUAUAACUACUCGAAAUUGUAUAACAAUGACACGGAGCAUUGGUUUGAUCUUCUCACUAGUAGUAGUAUAGUUGGAGAAACUUCCGACAUUUCUGAGUUUUGA